AAACCGCGCGAACCACGCCCACUCAGCCGCCUCCGCCACCGUAGCAGAAAUGGCUAGUCAAUAGCUGCUGACUGGUGACACUGGGACGGUGGUGAAACCGAGGUCCGUCUUCCAGUCCCCGUAAAUAUCAACCAUAACGCGGUGCGACCACUCAUAGAGCUGGAGGGGCCAGACUCAGCCCCGGGAUGUGCUCCGUUGUGGGAUGUGAUUCGCUGCGUCGCAGUGCGCAACGGUUCAAGUUACCGGAGGAUCCAGAGAAGAGGCUGGACUGGGUUCAGUUUCUCGCCACAGUCAAUAAGCAGCGUUUUAAAGAAUCGUCCUGGACUGAUAUCACCAUCUGUAAUGAACACUUUACAGAUGACUGUUUUGUAAACCUGGCUUCGACUGGCACGGUCCAGCUAAAGCCCAGUGCUGUCCCAUCACUGUGUGCCAAGUCAGAGCCAGAUCAGGAGCCUGUGGAAACCCCAGAUGUUGCUUCUCAGUGUGAUCAACUUAAAACAUGUGAUAGUCCGUCUUCUUGUUCUGAAGAAUCAAGCCAGACUACAAUGGCCGUGCCAGUAAGCCCAGUGCUGAGUGAUACUUCCGAUACCGAUUAUGCUCAGAUGCUGCAAAAGAUUGUGAAUAUUGAUAUGAUCAGGGAAAAAGCUGCACUUCUUCAGAUGAAGGGGAAGUAUGUUGUGAAUGAAAACCGGCUCCUCCAGUUGUUUAGCAGCAAGUGCCCUUUAUGUGGUUCUAAAGUAAAAGUGGAGAAGGUUAUCCAUGGGGUACUCGUCAUCUUGAACCAACAGUGCCUUCAGUGUGAGUACAGAAACCAGUGGAAAAGCCAAGUCAAUGCCAGAGUCCCAAGAGCUGAAGAUCAACACCUGAUUGGAGGCAAAGAUGUGAUUUCAGAGACAGUGUCUGAGGAGAGUGAUCCCUUGGAUGAAACAGAGGAAUCGAGUGAUCAGGGACACAUGGAUUCAGAUGAGGACUGGAAGCCAACGAAGGAGCUCAUACUGGCUAACAAGCUUCAAAAUGAAUCUGAUGAGGAAACCGAAGAUGACGAAAUAGAGGAAUAUAUCGAUUAUCCUUCACUCACCCCCAAACACACUCAGCUCUGCACAGAGUGCGGGAGGUUUUUCAAUAAACAGAGGCCUCACACAUGUGAGCACAAAAUUAAGCCCUAUUCCUGUAAUAUUUGUGGCAAAAGGUGUGUUAGUGAGAUUGCACUAAAUUCUCACAGCAGAGUCCAUGAUGAAAACUAUGAGCAUCGGUGCAAAUACUGUCACAUUACAUUCAAAACAAAGGUGGACAAAGUCACUCACGAGCAGAUCCACCUGACUCAAGGAAAACCCUACAAAUGUCCAGACUGUUCAGAGACGUUUGCCACAAAUAAGGAACGCCAAAUCCACCUGGAGGAUCACAGAGGCCCCAAACAGUUAAAAUGUCACAUCUGUGGGAUUGAAUUCAACCGUACCCUUUCCAUUCGGAGACACUUAGUUGUGCACACCGGUGUGAAGCCGUUUAAGUGUUCGGUGUGCCAGCGUGGCUUCAACCAGGCAGGUCACCUCAAAUCUCAUAUGCGUCUGCACACAGGGGAGAGGCCUUAUAAGUGUCAGCAUUGUGACAAAUGCUUCAAUCACAACGUGAGCUUGAAGAGUCAUGUCCAGCGUUACCACACAUCCAGUUCUGGGUGUCAACGUAAGAGGGGUAAAACAAACUGUGACACUGUUGAUGCUCAGAACAAUGAGAGCACGAGAAGUGCAGACUCGGGGCUUUACAAUGCAGAGGAAGAUCAUGAUGAAGAAGAGAGGGCAGAGAAGGAGAGAAUAGAUUUGCCAAAAAAGAAAAAGAGGAGCACAGGUAGACCCAUAGGAAGGCCUAAGAGAAAUGCAGGGGAAAUGCAAAGCCCAGGUUCAAACACUAGGACUGGAAAAUACAAGGUACAGAAGUUGAUGCGGGCACAUUGCAGUGAUGAAGAAAGUGAAGAUGAGCCGACUGAAAGCGACAUAUCCUUCAACUCAAAAGAGGAGGAAGAGGUGGAGAGGACUGAGAAAGUAACGCUGAGCACAAGAAGAUCAAGGGGAAGGCCAAAAAACUCUGACAGUGACACCGGUUUUGACCGAGAAGACUCAAAGAAAAAGAGGUACAGUGGUAAAAGCUCGGGGAAGGGCAGGGGAAGACCAAGAAAGAAGUAGUUGAAGGCACUUAGAAAGACAUUAAGCUUAAAAAGUUAUUGAAUUGAGCUUUUAUUUAGAGAAAUACAGUUUAGACUGUAACUCAGAAUCAGACUGUUUACCGUGAUAAUAUACUCUUAAGCUUGGAGUCUUCAAAUUUCAUUGCUUUUUACUGUUAAGAGAUGACAUUACUUCACUGUCAAGAUACAUUUUAAAAUCCUGUUAACCGAUCAAACUAGGUACAAGUAAAUUAAACUGGGACUGAUGUUAAGUGCCCUUGUUUCUUUGUGUUGUAUAUUUGCAACAGAACUGAAUGUGAACGUGUUGAUUGCUGAACAGAGCCACAUCUCCGGGUGUCAUGAGCUCAUUGUGCUGUAUGCCUGCAAUAUAUGCAAUUUUCAGAAGGGCUGGUGUGUAAUUCAACAAAUCGGAGGCAGCAGAGCUGAAUUUUACAAAUGCAUUUAGUCGAUUAAAACUUGGUUCCUUUUAAAUGAGGCCACGAACUAAUCAGUUGUGGAAUAAAUUGUGAACCUAUCU